UGUUGUUAAGUUCUUGGAGCUCGAUCACAUUUUACUGCUUUUACACAUGUAUGUGUACUAUAUAGGGCUGGUUAUGUCUCACAUAAGUGUUCUUGUCGUUUUGUUGUAGUAUCACUGCUGUCUGAACUUAUUUAUUUUUUUAUUGCUUACUCGUUCACCAAGGACUCAUACGCGUUUAUCAGACUGUGAUUUCAGAGUAAUUUGAGCGUCUUCUUGUGUGUGUUUUGAUGAUGUGUGACGGACACAUGUCCCAUCCAUUCGUCCAUGAAGUGAGUUUAACAAGAGUUCAGCGGAUUCAGGGAAUCAUUCUAGGCUCCGUUCUGUUUCCUGUUCGCAUUACUCUCGCCACCCUCUUCUUCCUGCUCGCAUGGCCCUUCGCUCGACUGCGAUUUGCCGGCCUCUCGGAGUCUGAGCGGGCGGAGCCUGUGCAGGGGUGGCGUCGGUGGUUCUUCCAUCACAUCAUCCUCUUCCUCAGCCGUGCAAUCUUCUUCUCUGUGGGUUUCCUGUGGAUUAAGGUCAAAGGGCAUCUGGCGGGGCUAAAGGAAGCUCCUGUGUUGGCCGUGGCACCUCACAGCAGCUUCCUGGACAUGCUGGUUCUGUGCGUGACGGGUCUGCCGACUGUUGUGUCCCGUUCAGAGAACGCCAAACUACCCAUUAUAGGAGCACUUUUGGAGUUCAAUCAGUCAGUGUUAGUGAGUAGAAAAGAUCCUGAAUCCAGAAAGAAAUGUGUGUCUCGGAUCCGAGAGAGACUCGCAUCUAACGGCCGCUGGCCUCAGAUGUUGAUGUUUCCAGAAGGAACUACGACUAAUGGACACGCUCUGAUCAAAUUCAAACCUGGUGCUUUUCUGGCUGGUGUUCCCGUUCAGCCCGUGUUGCUUCACUAUCCUAAUAAACUAGACACCGUUCGCUGGACUUGGAAAGGAAUGACUUGGAUUGAAGCUCUGUGGCACACGACCUCUCAACUCUACACCAGCGUUACUGUAGAGUUCCUGCCCGUCUACACACCAUCACAGGAAGAGAAGCAGAACUCAGACUUGUAUGCUGAGAACGUACAGAAACUCAUGGCCAAAGCUCUGGGUGUUCCUGCUACAGAUUAUGUGAUGGAGGGUAGUUUUCCUGUUCGAAAGCUCGGAAACCUCUCACUUCCACUGGAAUCGCCAGCUCAAGAGACCAUCCGACUGCUCCACCAGCACGGUCUUGGUAACGCUCGCAUAGAAACAGUGAUGAACGGCAUGAUUGACAGCUGUCAUUCAGGGCAAAGCACUAUGGUAACAUCAGAUCAGCUGACAGCUCUUUUGGGACUCUCUGACAAAACGGCGGCAGUAAAGAUCUGCUCGCUCUACUCAAAGGAUGAGACAGUGGAUUUGAAACGGAUUUGUUUGAGUGUGUCUGCUGUAUCUGGAUUUAAAAGUCUGGAGUCACUCUUACACACUGCAUUCACGUGGUACGACAGUGACCGCGAUGGAUUGCUGAGCGCAGACGAUCUGUCUGGCCUGAUGGGGGCGCUAAUGGGCGUUCCUCAGAAUGAUAUUGCGGAGAUUUACUCUGCGCUGACCACCAGGGGGCGACCUACAGAAGCUUCACUCCGAGACUUAUUGAUGACGCAUCCAAUCUAUUGUAAAGUUCUUUCCGAUUAUCUUCACUUCGAUACGUUUGUGACAGCUGAUGGAAAUCACAACAGCGUUCUAAAUGGGAAAGCCAACGGCAGCAACAACAGAAUUUAUAACGGUUAUAAGAAGUUUGACUAAGGACCAUCUACAGAUGUCAAAUCUUUUUGAAGGAUUUAAUUGGUCAGUAGCUGUAUCGUAAUACUCAUGACGAGUGUUUGCGAAUGUACAAUGUAUUUUUGGCGACUGAGUGUUGGUAUUUGUCCAGUUGCAUAUUUUAUCACGAUUGCACGCACAUUAGCGUGUGCUUUUCAAGACAUUAAGUGUGCAUGUUGAAUGAAAAUCCAGAGUGUGCAGGGUAAAGUUUACAUUAGUUUUUGUGCAAUUUUUAUUUUGUGUUGAUUUCUUUAAAUGGCUGUGAAUUAUACUGUGAGAAUAUAUUGUUAAACAUGUGCCUUGCAACAAAUACCUGUAUUUUUAAUGAUGUUAGAAGGAUUUUACAUAUAUUUAAAUGUUUUUGUUUUUUUUGGUCAUUUUUAAGCUACAGUGUAUUUACUUUAUCA